CUACUGAGAUCAAAUGCAUUUAAUUACCUCCCACAACUGAGCUGCACCACUUGUCAGGCGGUGCAUCCAGAAGAGCUGCAUUCCUCAGCUUCACUCCUCCCCCUGGCUGCAGUGUGUCGGUAGGUGGAGUGUUCGGGUCCCAGCCGCCCUCCAGACUGAGCUCCCGACGCUGAGAAAGAUCAUCAAUGAAACUGAGAGAAGCUCGAAUCCACAGGUGGAGCCUGGUGCUGCUGAGGGAUGGAGCUGAAGGUGUGGGUGGAGGGCGUGGUCAGGGUGGUGUGCGGUUUAUCACUGAACACUUCCUGUCAGGAGGUUGUGAUCACUUUGGCACAAGCGAUUGGUCAGACAGGUCGUUACAUCCUCAUCUUAAAGUUGCGAGGGAAUGAGAGACAGCUGGUUGCUGACGACUGUCCUCUGCAGCAUCUGGCCCAUCUGGGGCAGCUGGCUACCGAGGUCCAGUUCAUUCUGCGGAGGACCGGCCCCAGUCUCAGCGGUGGUCCAGACACGCCAACCACAGGGAGACGCCUUCCCCUACCCAGACCCUCAGAACCAGAGCCCCUCAGACGCAGGGAGCCACAAAAGUCUCUCACUUUUAAUCUGGGUCACGCAACUUAUUCCAAGGGGACCAAACCAAACAGGACCAUCCACAGAGCAUCCCCUGAACCACGGGCCUCCCCCGUCUCUUUCUUAGACGCUCCCGACCCCCUGAACGCUGUUUCCUCUCACCCCUCCACAGAGGAUGUGUUUAGGAAGAUUCUACAGCAACAGAGAAGAUUAGAAGACCUGGAGGUUCAGCUUCAAGCUCUGGAGGAGGAGACACAGGGGUGGGAGCGGGAGGGGCCGUCUACGGUUCCAUGUCUGAGUCCGGACGCUGCAGAGGAACUGGAGGAGCUGCAGUGGCGGCUGAGGCAGAAUGAAGCAGAGCUGAUGAACAGAGGACACUGGGAGGAAAAGCUACAGACAGAGACAGACAGAGAACGAGAGAUGCACAGACGUCUACAGCAGAUACACUCCUCGGUGGGUGAUCAAAGUCACGAGAUCAAGGAGCUCGCGGCUCAUUCUGCACACCUGGAACACGACAUUCAGCUCACAGCCUACAGACAAAGCUCGCAGGAAGCCGCUCAGCAGCAGGAGGAGGCGCUGAGGCCCCUGAGGGAGGAGCUUCACAACCGCCAUCAGCACGCAGAAGAACUGGACGCAACGUUGUCAGGGACACAGGGGGAGCUCCACGCUGCAGACAGCAUGCUUCAGGAGAGACAGGAGCUGGUUGAGGAGCUGAAUAAGGAGCUGAGACAGUGUAAUCUGCAGCAGUUCAUCCAGCAGACCGGGGCUCCACAAGCUGAGCAGACAAACUCCCUGCUCGUCACUGACGUUUACCUCAGCAGCGCCGGAGUGAUCGAGUAACUCAACGCUGCCACUGACAAUGAAGGAAGAAAACAUGGUGCAGACCCUACAGUGUGUGUGUGUGUGUGUGUGUGUGUGUGUGUGUGUGUGUGUGUGUGUGUGUGUGUGUGUGUGUGUGUGUGUGUGUGUGAGUCUUGAUAAUUUAUCAAAUAAAUGAUAAAGAACAAAUGUAUUUUUGCUUGUUUUGUUGUUGACUUUUCAUGUGGAUGCUACUCAGUCACAUGACAGCAGAGGCGGGAUAUGACUGGAUUGGAUAUACUUAGCUUAGCAUAAUAAACCUGAACAAAUUCAGACUUGUCAAGUUCAAGUAAAAGAAAUUUUAAAAAGUCGUGUUACAGCUGCAAGAUUCUCAACUGGAUGGUUUUACAAACAGAAUCUGGUAUAAAUAUAACAACCUGCUGACGGUUAUACAGCAGCACUAGAAUGAGGAAAGAUAAAAGGUAAAUUUAGUAUUUUGUUAUGUAAAACAGCAAACUUUAACUACUCAGCCAAGCCCAAGGCAUUAUGGGGCAUCGCCCACCCCUCCAUCAGCAUAGUGGUGAGUAGAUAAUGAGAGAAUUUUAGUUUUUGUUCAAACUAUUGUGCAAGUAAUACAGGUCCAGUUAAGCCCACAACUGGGUGAAUGGAUAUUAAACACACCAACAAGGAAUUCUCAGCCAACAGAUUUUAGUUUUGAAAUGAGAAAGCCAAUGGGUAUCGGGGUUUUUUUUCUGAAUCAAUACUUAAAAAAUGUUACCGUUAGAUGGAAAUUACUUUAACAACAUUAACAUUUUUCGUAUGCUAAGAUUAAUAUCCCUUCCACUUUUCCCACAAGGCUCCAUCAUCAAAGACUGACCACCAUAGGUUGGUCAGUCUUUACUGUCUUUGAGAGAACACAACAUUUAUCAUAAUGGAACCAUUUU